UAUCGCAAAGAAGUUUGCCGGCUCUCAGGUGGAUUUUACUCCGUAUUUCGUUUGCAAAGGUUCAAAGUAAAAUGAAUAAAUUAGUCUUCACAUGCAUCCUGUUCGUUGCGAGUACAUAUGCACAACAGUUUAAAUGCCCACCAAAAGAUGGUCAAUACGAAGAUCCAAUUCAGUGCGAUAAGUAUUAUGAGUGUUAUGAUGGCCGUGCAACCGAAAAGCUAUGCCCGGAUGGUCUCGUGUUCGACCCCACGAUCCGGAAAAUUAACAAGUGCGAUCAACCCUUCAAUGUAGACUGUGGUGAUCGUGUGGAAUUACAGCCUCCAAAGGGCAAAAAUCUAUGUCCUCGUAGAAACGGGUUUUUCGCUCAUCCAGAUCCUGCCGUGUGCAAUGUUUUUUAUAACUGCAUUGAAGGUGAUGCCAAUGAAAUAACUUGCACCGCUGGUUUACAUUUUGAUGAAUACACUGGCACUUGCGUUUGGCCGAACGACGCUGGCCGUCAGGGAUGCAACCCAGGUGCUAAUAAGAAGUUGAAAGAUGGUUUCACGUGUCCAAAGGAACAAAAGACUGAUGAAUCUGGCCAGACUGUUGCCCACCCCAAGUACGCACAUCCUACUGACUGCCAAAGGUUUUAUGUAUGCUUGAACGGCGUUGAACCUCGUGAUCUGGGCUGUCAAGCAGGGGAGGUCUACAACGAAGAAACUGAGCGAUGCGAUGCACCAGAAAAUGUUCCAGGAUGCGAGGAUUGGUACAAAGAUAGUGACGAGAAGAAACACUAGACUGCAGCCUCAAUUCCGAGCGAUCAUGUACUCAUCAUCAUUGUUCAUUCAUAAAAACCGAUAAAAUUAGUUGGAAAAUAAUUGAAUAAAUCAUUUUCCAAAUUUUUUUGGCAUUUGAUCUGAGAAUCAGGACGUCAUGGCUUUUCAUCCUUGACUGGCCAAUAUUGAAUAUCACCAUCCUGCAAAAUAGUAUGAAGAUCACUGUAACCAGACUGAUGCUCUUAAUGAAAAAGAGAAACAUUGUAUAACAAGAAACGUUAAAAAGAAAAGCAACGCAAA